AUGACCACCAUAUCAUCUCUACCAACCUCCUUACCCACAAUCACCCUGCUCAUCUCGAACAUGCACUGUACCUCAUGCUGCGAAACGAUCCACCAACUAUUAUCCACCAUCCAAUCGAUCCAAUCAAUCUCCACCUCAUUGUUACUUCACAGUGUGACUUUCUCUGUCGACUUAGAGAAUUCCGCUUCGUCGUCGAAUGGUAGACCGAAGACUAUCGGUAGAGUCAUAGAAGAAGCGUUAAAGGUAUUAAGGGGUGAAGGAGGGUUCAACGUAAUUGCUGAAUCAUCCGUUGGAUCUUCAAGAUCUAAAUAUCUCGAUAGCUUGGGUGAAGACGAGGAAAUCGGUUGGAUUGGAAGGUUGUUGUUACAAACCAAAAGAGGGAAGGAAAGGAAAAAGCUGGAAGAUAGAAAGAAGAAACAUUUGGAACAUUGUAAGAUCUGUCAAGAUGAAUUAGCAGGUCGUGAUAUCGCUCUUGGUCAGGUACAAGAAGCCCAGUCUAGUCAAGGUGUAGAUCUACCUCUAGAAAAUGAUAGGAUACCAUCCAUACAGAAGAACAAGGAUGAUGAAGUUGGCUUGAACAAAACAACGCUCUCGAUUGAAGGUAUGACAUGUGCAUCAUGUGUCAAUUCCAUCACUUCUUCGCUCAAGUCAACUCCCGGUAUCAUAUCGGUGAAUAUCAAUCUACUUGGGUCGUCUGGUAUUGUACGACAUCGGUCGUCCACCUCUCCUCAAGAUGUAGCAAAUUUGAUUGAAGAUAUAGGAUUCGAAGCUCGGGUCAUCAAAUCAGAACUAGAAGGUACACCUUUAGACGAAGAAGAACAAGGAUCGCAAUCAUUCAAAUCCGUUUUCUCAAUUGAAGGAAUGACAUGCGCAUCAUGUACUGGAGCUAUCACACGUGCUCUUCAAGAUCACGAAGGUAUAGAAUCUAUUAAUAUCGAUUUACUCAAUAAUGCCGGAACAAUUGUACAUUCUUCUGAGAUUACAACUGAUCAAAUUGAAGAUAUGAUAGAGGAAGUAGGUUAUGGAGCGGUAUUGUCAUCUUCCCAGCCACUCUCUGUUUCAUCGGCGAAAGGAAAAGAGAAAGAUGAGGGACCAAAGUUGAGGACAGUCCAACUAAAGAUCGAAGGAAUGUUCUGUCACGACUGCGUCAGAAAAGUUAAUUCGUAUUUGGAUUCUCUGACCGGAAUCGAAACCUAUACACCCACCACUCUACAAUCUCCAAUAACCACCAUUGCAUAUCAUCCUUACCAGCCCCUUACGAUCAGAGAUUUGAUUGAGGGCAUUUCGAAUGUCGCUCCGGAGUUCGAAGUGGAGAUUCUCAAGACUCAGAGUUUGAGCGAGAGAAGUAAGAAGAUCCAGAAGAAGGAGGUUAUACUGCUCGCUAGUCAUUGUGCGGUAGCGAUUGUCUUUGCUAUUCCUACUUUCAUCAUCGCAAUAGUAUCGAUGAUACUCCUUCCUGACCAUAAUCCAUUCAAGAUGAGAAUGAUGGAGCCAGUCUGGGGAGCAGCAAAUAUGGGAACAGUGAUACUCUGGCCGCUAGCUUCGGUGGUUCAAUUCGGGGUGGGAAGGCUUUUCUACAAACGCGCUUUCGCAUCUAUUUGCCCCCAUUUACGUCGAUUAGUGCCCUUUGCUCUCAGAACGGAGAGUAUGCGUAGAUUACCACCUAGACCACUGGGUUGGAAGACGCUGAUCUCUUUUGGCAGCAUGGAUUUACUUGUAGUACUUUCGACGACAGUAUCAUACUUCGCUUCACUCGCCAUGUUGAUUCUGGAUGUUCGUGCUUCGCCUGGUACCGAAAGUGUUGGAACGUAUUUCGAUAGUUGCGUAUUUUUGAUCAUGUUCAUCCUUCUCGGUCGGACCCUCGAGGCAUUUGCAAAGAGACGAACCACCGAUGCUGUUAGUCUAUUGGGCAAGAUGCGACCCGACACAGCGUUACUUGUCGAGACUCCUCCAACAUCGGAUGACACAGAAGUCCAUAAUGAUAUGGAAAGAAAGAAAAGUCAAGAUACCACAUCAACAUCUACUCUCGAAUCCGAAAACACCGCUGCUGGCCAAAGUAUCACACGGACCAUUCCUGUUGAUCACUUAGAAAUUGGGGAUACUAUACUCCUUCCGCCUGGAUCAUUACCUCCUACAGACGGCAUCAUCGUAUCAGGUCAGACUACAUGCGACGAAUCUUCACUUACUGGAGAAUCACUCCCAAUCAAGAAAUCGAUCGAUGAUCAAGUAUUCACCGGUACCGUCAACUUAUCUUCCGCCAUCACCAUGAAAGUCACCGACCUAGCUGAAAAUACAAUGUUAGAAAAGAUCAUUCGGGCAGUAUCAGACGCAUCAGCGAGGAAGGCACCUCUGGAACUGAUGGCCGAGAAAUUAACAGGGUACUCUGUCCCCGUCAUCGUAUACUUCUCUCUGCUAGUACUCGCAAUCUGGUUGAUCCUCGCUUUGACCCAUACGGUAGAUAAUGAAGAUGAAGGAAAAGCCGGUGGAAGGGUAUUCUUCGCAUUGGAAUUUGCCAUCGCCACCUUGGUAGUUGCUUGUCCAUGUGGGAUUGGACUGGCUGUACCUUGUGCGAACGCUGUAGGAAAUGGUAUAGCAGCAAAAAAUGGGAUACUUGCGUCGGGCGGUGGAGAAGCUUUCUUAGCCGCUACGAGGAUCAGGCGAAUCGCAUUCGAUAAGACUGGUACGUUGACUAUUGGCAAAAGUGUAGUAACGGAUGAAGAGUGGAUGAUCAGAGAUGAGAAAGAGAAAGAAUGGGUGAAGAGAGCGACGAAAGAAGUUGAGAGAGGUAGUACGCACCCUCUGGCUGUCGGUCUCGUGGAAUACCUUGAGAAGGAACAGGCUGCUUCCGGAUCGAAUACGCUGGACGACCAGAAGCAAAAUAAAAUUUCGAUCAAUCACGUUGAGGUGCUUGAGACUAAGGAAAUCGCUGGGAGAGGGUUGAAAGCCAUCGUCAAAAUUGACAAUCAAACUAUCAACUUACUCAUAGGAAACGUAGCGCAUAUGAUGGAUCAUAAUGUGGUUUUAGAUAGCACCCAUCAAGAACUAGUGGAGAAAUGGUCUAACCAAGCUAAAUCCGUAGUUGCCAUUGCGUCUCAACUUGCAUCGGAAGAAAGGUACAAGCUAUCAGCUAUCUUUUCGUUAUCAGAUCCACCCCGAGAGACUUCUGCGGAUCUUAUCAAGUCGCUCAAAGAAAGGGGUAUACAAGUAUCGAUGUUAAGUGGAGAUAAUCAGUCAACUGCGCUGGCUGUAAGCAGGAUGCUUGGACUGGAGGAAGGGGAAGUUAAAGGUGGUGUGGGACCUGAAGGGAAAGCAGAGGUUAUAAGGGGGAUGCAAAGGGAUCUGAAAGAGGGCGAGAGUGGGGAUGGCAAAGGAUUGGUGAUGUUUGUAGGGGACGGUCUCAACGAUUCUGUAGCUCUCGCCGCGGCAGAUGUAAGCUGUGCGAUGGGUCAUGGUUCUCAAGCUACCUUAGCUAGUGCAGACUUUGUUUUACUCUCUUCAUCACUUCCCUCCAUCUUGACCCUCAUCCACAUUUCGAAGAAGAUCAUCCUCCGACAAAAACUCAAUCUCCUCUGGGCAUUGUUAUUCAACGUAGUUUGUUUACCAUUCGCCGCUGGGGUGUUUUACGGUAUACAUGGAAUUAGGUUAACACCCGUCUGGAGUGCUGUGUUAAUGGCUCUGAGUAGUGUUAGUGUAGUAGGUAGUAGUUUAGCCAUGAGGUGGGGAUUAUAG